AAUUCUUGGUUUCAUAAAAAAAAACAAGAAAUGCGAUGAAUUUGAAUUUGACCAUGUAAACAGGAACAACAACACAUGACCAGUUUCUGAUUCAGAAUCAUCACAAUGUUGGGCGAUGAUAAAGAUUCAGACGACCUUAAUUUAUUUCUCAACGCCAUUGGUGAAACUGGAGAUGAACAAGGUCCAACGAGAAUCUCCACGUCUUUCAAUGAUAUAGACUUCUUGACAUUCGACGAUGAUGAUUUACAUAAUCCAUUUCAAGAUUGUGAUUCAAGUCCAAUCAAUGAACCUUCUAGGGUUUAUGUUGCACCAAGGGUGAUGAUAAGUCAUCAAGAUUCGUUUUCUGAAGAUUCAAGAAUCGAUGUUAUUGAAGAUGCUAGGAUUUUGCCUGCUUCGCCUCGUCUUAGAGUUCCUGCUUCUCCUCGAGCUUUUGUGUAUCCAAGAUCUGUUGAAUCGCCUCGUUUUGGUUCUCCGAGAUCUGUUGAAUCACCUAGUUUCGGGUCUCCGAUUGGUGUUAUCGAUACAGCUUCGCCUUUCGAAUCGGUUAAAGAAGCAGUUUCUAAGUUUGGUGGGAUCACAGAUUGGAAAGCUCAUAAGAUUCAAACAAUUGAGAGACGGAAGAUGGUAGAUGAAGAGCUUGAGAAGAUACAAGAAGCAAUGCCUGAGUACAAGAGAGAAGCUGAGUUAGCGGAAGAGGCGAAACACGAUGCGUUAAAGGAGUUAGAAAACACAAAGGGCCUUAUUGAGGAGCUAAAACUCGAGUUGGAGAAAGCGGAAAAGGAAGAGCAACAAGCAAAACAGGACUCGGAACUUGCGCAGAUGCGUGUGGAAGAGAUGGAGCGAGGUGUAGCUAAUGAGGUAAGUGUUGCUGUCAAAGCGCAGCUCGAGGUAGCUAAAGCGAGGCAAGUCUCGGCUACUUGUGAGCUACGGUCUGUGAGAGAAGAGAUUGAAAUGGUUAGUAAUGAAUAUGAAAAUAUGUUGAGGGAAAAAGAUUUAGCUAAGGAGAGAGCUGAUAUUGCUGUUAUGGAAGCUAAAGAGAUUGAGAGGACUAUGGAUGGUUUGAGUAUAGAGUUGAUUGCCACCAAGGAGUUGUUGGAAUCUGUGCACACGGCUCAUCUCGAAGCGGAAGAGAAGAGAUUCAGUGUAGCAAUGGCUCGGGACCAAGAUGUUUAUAAUUGGGAAAAGGAAUUGAAGAUGGUGGAAAAUGAUAUCGAGAGGCUUAACCAAGAAGUUCGUGCGGCUGAUGAUGUGAAAGCUAAGCUAGAGACUGCUUCUGCUCUUCAGCAUGAUUUGAAAACCGAAUUAGCGGCUUUCACGGAAAAUGCAAGCGGUAAUCUGUUGAUGGAAAAGAAGAGUAAUAAUGACAUUCAUGCUGCGGUUGAUUCUGCGAGAAGAGAGCUCGAAGAAGUCAAAGCCAACAUUGAAAAAGCAGCUUCAGAGGUGAAAACAUUGAAGAUAAUUGCUGGCUCAUUACAGUCCGAGCUUGGAAGAGAGAGACAGGAUCUAGCAGAAACUAAGCAGAGAAGAAGUGCGGGUUCGGUUCAGACAAAGGGUAAAGAAUCAAGAGAGGAUUUAGAGGAUACAGCAAAGAAGUUGGAGCAGGCGACGAAAGAGGCAGAGGAUGCAAAGGCAUUUGCUACAGCUGCUAGAGACGAGCUUAGAAUGGCGAAGGAAUUGUCUGAGCAAGCGAAAAGUGGAAUGUCUACGAUAGAGAGUCGGUUAGUAGAGGCGAAAAAGGAAAUGGAGGCUGCUAGGGCUUCAGAGAAGUUGGCCUUGGCUGCUAUAAAAGCUUUACAAGAGACUGAAUCUUCUCAGAGAUUCGAGGAGAUUAAUAAUUCACCAAGAAGCAUCAUAAUCUCUGUAGAGGAAUACUACGAGCUAAGCAAGCAGGCACACGAGUCCGAGGAGGAGGCAAACACAAGGUUAUCAGAGAUUGUCUCCCAAAUAGAGGUGGCUAAAGAGGAAGAGUCAAGAAUCUUGGAGAAACUAGAGGAAGUUAAUAGAGAAAUGAGCCUAAGAAAAGAAGAGCUUAAACAGGCUAAUGGAAAAGCCGAGAAGGCUAGAGACGGGAAGUUGGGUAUGGAGCAAGAGUUGAGAAAAUGGAGGUCGGAAAAUGGGAAAAGGAGAACAGACGAAAGCAGGGAGCCUGAGAAAAGCCCGACGAGGUCAAGCACCGAGGGGAGAAACAAGGAGAAUGGAUUCGGGCAGUCGAAAUCGUUUGCAUUUGGUGAUCAAGGAAGCAGCAGCAACUACACUGGAGGAGACUCCUGAAGAUAAGUUUUGAUUUUACAAUGUAUGAUUAUGUUAAUUUCACUUAUAGGAAAUAAAGGUAUUGAUUGAUA